AUGUACCACAGCUUCUACGCCCUGAAGGCGCCAGAGAGCGCAGGGCCGCAGCACAGCAGCCACAGCAGCGUGACGGUCGCCGCAGCUUCUGCCGCGACGCUGCCCUGCCAUGCGCCGGCCAACCCACCGCCCACCUUCAUUUGGUACAAGGACCAAACGCUGGUGGCUCACGUGAAGCCGCGUGAGCAUUCGUUCGUCGUCGGUGGGUUCCUCGUCAUCCCUGUCGUGGGUGUUGACGAUGCUGGGGACUAUCGCUGCGUGGUGAACAACUCCGUCGGCGUCACCACCCUCACCACACACCUCGAGGUCACCAUACCUCUGAAAGUUCAGGUGACUCCUGAAGUAACAGAGGUGAUGGUGGGCGAAAUUCUGGAACUACGCUGCACAGUCACUGGCUUCCCGGUAUCUGACGUACUGUGGUACAAAGACGCAAGCCCGAUACAGAGCGACGGAAGACACCGCGUCUUGGAGGACCGCGCGCAGUUCGGCGCGCCUGGCGCUGCGCGGCCGUCGCACUUGCGCAGGCUGCGCGUGCAGUCCGCGCUGGCGACGGACGCGGGCGCGUAUCAGUGCCGCGCUGUGGGGCCGCGCGACGUCGCUCACGCGCACGCCAUGCUUCCGGCGACGCAUCACCAGCGCGUGAACGUCAAUGGAACGCUGACGAUCGCUGCGAUCACGCGUGCGGGUGACGAAGGCAGCUACUCCUGCACGGCGCUCGACAAGCAGGGCCGCUCCGAGCAGCAGACGCUCCACAUUCAAGUUAAAGUUCCCCCGCAGCUUGCGCCUCUGACUUUCGUGGGAGGCAACCGAGCAGGGCUGCGGGCUCAGGCCAUGUGCCUCGUCUUAGCCGGCGACCCUCCCUUGAGCCUCCGCUGGUACAAGAACGGCCAGGAAGUCGACGCUGGAAGCAGCGAUGUGAUCAUCACACACGCCAAUGACUUCUCAUCGUCCCUCUCCAUUGAGCAAACGCUGGGUAAACACGCUGGUAACUACACCUGCUCAGCGACCAACAGUGCCAGCACGGCUUCAUCCUCCGCAGUGCUCGUAGUCAACGCUUCGGGUAACUGGGGUGAUAUCAGCGGCGGUUUAAUGCCUGCGAAAACUGCGACUCCCUUACACGAGGAUGUCGGCUACGACAGCGGCAUCACUUACCGAGGCAGCGAGUUUUCCUCCAACACCUUCGGCGAAGGUGGGCGCUCGUUGGUGGUGGUGGAGGCUAUUCAAGACCACGGCGGACGCUAUCUCUGUCAGGCCAGCAACGGCGUUGGUGCUGGACUCUCCAAAGUCAUCACUAUCGUCGUACAUGAGCCGCCGACAUUUUCAACCUCUGAGCGGCGCGUGGAGGUGGCGGUGGGUGGAAAAGCAACCUUCAUAUGCCAGGCUCGUGGAGACGCUCCCCUGACCCUACGCUGGCUAAGGAACAACUUCACUAUUUCUUCCGAUGCAAGGUACAGCGUAGAGAGCGCUGAUGACAAAGUAGAGUCAAAUGGACGCGAGCUUCGUCUGACAAUACAUCGAACCGAGGCCACUGAUGGCGGCGACUACCACUGCAUGGCGACCAACGGACACGGCACUAACUCUGCCCUGCAUCAUCUGCUGGUGCAAGACGUGCCCGCACCUCCAUUGGCCGUAACCGUGGCAGAGACGACGUCGCGCUCCCUGACGCUCACCUGGCAGGAAGCGACGUCACCUCACGGGUCAGACGUGCCCGUCAGAAGAUACGUCGUCCUCCUUACCUCCGACCGCGACAUACCGAAGGAAGUGGCAGUGCAUUCGACACCCGCGAAGUUGACCGAUCUGGUGCCGGCCACGCGCUACUUCUUGCGCGUCGCGGCCGAGAACAGCGUGGGCAGAAGCGACCUCACUGACGUGCUCACGGCGACGACCCUGGAUGAGCCUCCCACUGGGCAUCCUAGGAACGUGAAGGCUCUGAGUUCAACUUCAACGGCUCUGCGACUCCAGUGGGAACCUCCGUUGCCCAACACAACCCAUGGCAAAAUACUAGGCUAUUAUCUUGGGCACAGAGAAAACAGGUUCGUUGAAUACAUCGAUCCGAAUGGUCCGCCCGAGCACGUGGCUUGCGAGCCGCUGUCGUCGCACAGUUUGCUGGUCAGAUGGACACCACCGCCGCCGGAGCGAGCCAACGGCAUCAUUACAAGUUACAGAGUUGCCUACCGCCAACUACAUGAAACGGAAUUGACGGAAACGGACUCCGAGAUGCUGCCUGGAAGAGUGAUUCACAAAUCAAACUCGGGCUUUGGUAUCCCAAAGUCACUUCAAAGCCUCCCCCUGGCCUUCUCUUCCUCGGUGGGCACAAGCGGGGACGGUGGCGUGUUGGUGGUGGUGGAGGAUCAACAGGCACGACUGGUGUCGCUCAGAGCUUACACUAACUACAGCGUCUCUAUCUCUGCCGCCACCGCUGUGGGUGUCGGCGUCCCUAGUGACCCCAUCGUCUGCUCCACCCUCGAGGACGUGCCGUCACCUCCGGAGGCUAUCAAGAUCGUAGCUGCAGGCCGCAGUAGCGCCAUCGUGUCGUGGCGGUUGCCUAAAGAAACUCGGGGACGAAUUACGAGCUACGCCGUAAGAUGGCGCUGUGGGCCGCGCUCGGCGGAGACUCGUACUGUUGAUCCAAACGAGGACCAUUUUACGAUCACGGGCUGCCUUGACUCCAAAGUGGAGGUUUGGUACCGAAAUUUCGUGCUAACGGCGUGGGUGGCAGCAGACACGAGCGUCGGCAGAGGCAAGGAGUCUAACAGCGCAACGACCACCACCAGCGUCAGCGUGGGCGCGGGCGUGUGGUCGGUGGGCGGUGAUGUGUCGGUGGCCUGGAGGCGCGACGUUACGCUUCCCUGCGACGCCGUCGGGCAGCCCGAGCCCUCGAAGCGCUGGGCACAGGACGGCAGGGAUAUUGUAGAAGACAGUCGAGUGUCGGUGAUAUCUAGUGGCAAGUUGCGGAUAGUCGACGCACAGCGCAGCCACAGCGGCCGCUACACCUGCACCGCCACCAACACCCACGGCAGCGACAGCGUCACCUACCACCUCAGUGUCAUCAGUGAGUGAUGGUGUACUGGGUCACCUACCACCUCAGUGUCAUCAGUGAGUGAUGGUGUACU